UGGCGCGCGCGGCGUGUGGCUCCCGUCGUCUGCCCAAGUCUCAACUCAGCGCAUUGGCCGGCGACUCGCUGGUCUGGAGCCCCUACCCGCCGGGUCCCUGACCCCGCGCCCCGCCGCGCCCAAUUCCCGGCAUGCCCCGCGCCCGAAAAGGCAGCGCGCCCCGCAGAGGCGGCAAGCGCAGCGGAGGAGGUGCCCGGAGCAGUACCCAAGCUGACUCAGGUUCCAGUGAGGAUGAGGCAGCCAGUGAGGCCCGCAGCACCACCAGUGAAUGUCCCAGCCUUCUUAGCACCGCAGCAGAGGAAAGCUUUGGGGGGGAUGCCGUGGAUGAGCAGGGUCAGCAGGAAGACCUUGAGGAGAAGUUGAAGGAAUAUGUGGACUGCCUCACAGACAAGAGUGCCAAGACCCGGCAGGGUGCUCUUGAGAGCCUGCGUCUGGCCCUAGCAGCGCACCUACUCCCCGACUUCUGGCUGGAGCGCCGCCUCACACUGGCUGAUGCCUUGGAAAAGUGCCUCAAGAAAGGGAAGGGCGAGGAACAGGCCCUUGCCGCUGCUGUGCUAGGCCUGCUGUGCAUUCAGCUGGGUCCUGGACCCAAGGGUGAGGAGUUAUUCCACAGCCUGCAGCCCCUGCUGGUCUCUGUGCUCAGUGACAGCACAGCUAGCCCUGCUGCCCGGCUCCACGUGAGUGUUCCUUGCCCUGUGACACCCUUCCUUCACCUAAUCCCUAAGCAGAGACAAGGGUUCCACCUGCCUCUAGGCUCCCCUGCUCCAAGGGUGAGCCCCGUGGCUGGGAACCCAGGCUCACCCUCUGACCACGGCCUGGCUUUGCCCUCCUCCCAGCAGUGCGCUUCUGCUCUUGGCCUGGGCUGCUACGUGGCUGCCACCGAUGUACAGGACCUGGUCUCCUGCCUCACCUGCUUGGAAGGCAUUUUCAGCCGGUCCUGUGGUGUGGGUGGCUCCACAGCCCCAGUGGUCCCUGUCAGCCUUCAGGGCUUGCUCUGUGCUGCUCUGCAGGCCUGGGCCUUGCUACUCACCAUCUGCCCCAGCGCCCAUAUCAGCCGCAUCCUGGACAGGCAGCUGCCCCGGCUGCCCCAGCUCUUGUCCAGUGAAAGUGUGAACCUGCGGAUGGCUGCCGGCGAGACCAUCGCAUUGCUCUUUGAGCUCACCCGGGACCUUGAGGAGGACUUUGUUUACAAGGACAUGGAGGCCCUCUGCAGCGCGCUGCGCACUCUGGCCACUGACAGCAACAAGUAUCGGGCCAAGGCUGACCGCCGGCGCCAACGCUCUACCUUCCGGGCCGUGCUGCACUCUGUUGAGGGCGGCGAGUGUGAGGAGGAGACAGUCCGCUUCGGGCUCGAGGUGCUCUAUGUGGACAGCUGGGCUCGGCGCCGGGUCUAUGCUGCCUUCAAGGACGCUCUGGGUUCCGGCAUGCACCACCACCUCCAGAACAACGAGCUACUCCGUGACAUCUUUGGUCUGGGCCCUGUGCUGGUGCUGGAUGCCACUGCCCUGAAGGCCUGCAAAAUCUCACGUUUUGAGAAGCACCUGUACAACGCUGCUGCCUUCAAAGCCAGGACCAAGGCGCGCAGCCGCGUGCGGGACAAGCGGGCAGACAUCCUGUGAGGCAGGACCAGCCGAAGAGGAGACUGUCCACAUCCUUGCCUGUAUUUUUAACAGAAGACAGUGCAACACCUGGUCCCUGCCAGGCAUUGUCGCUUUAUUUUUUUAAUGACAAAACCAAAAACAGACAUGGGGGUGGGUGGCUGGUGGCCAGGCCACUUGGGACCUUCACGCUUUGCCCCUGUGCCGGCCCUGUGGCCACUUCCUGCCCUGUCUCAGGGCUGUGGGGCAGGCAGAAGAGGGCUGUCCCUUUCUCGGGCCUUGCUCCCCUGGGAUGACCCACUUUCGGGGGGGAGGUGAUAGUAUCUGGACAACUGCCACUACAACGUGGGGUGGUGAGGCUACCUGGAGUGGAUUUAUAUGCUGAGUUUUAAAGAUUUUAGAGAUAAUUAAACAAUGUGCAGUCUUCUGUGGCCCUGGCUUCUGGGUGUUUCUGCCUGCCCUCCCUAUCCACCAACCCAGGCUUGGGCCCAGCUGGGCCUCCCUAUCUCCAUCUCACCUUUGCUCUCCAAAAUAAUCUCUCCCCAGGGGCCCUCCUCCCCCUACUCAGAGCCCAGCCUGUCUUUCGAGAGCAGAGGCUGGACCCCCACUGGGAGGCCCAGCAGAGUUUGGGUGACCAGGGUAGGCAGCUAUUUUUAGACUCCUGAACCUGCUAUCUGGAGGACACCAGAGGGUGCUGACAGGCCCCAAGAGGAGCCAGGAGGCUGGUGUCGCUUCCUCUGACCUUGGGCCACACCAAGUGGGGCUCUGGCACCAGAAGGCUUGGCUAGGCCUAGCUUGAGAAGGCAAGAAAGGCAGACAGCUGCGGGGUCAGAUCAGGCUCUUAUACGAAAACCUCACUAAGGAAGUAGUGUGGAGCAGUAGUGGGAGAGGGGAAAGCUACCAGCGGCCACUUUAUUCCCCCCUGCACAUACCCCCAGGCCCCAGGUCCAAGUGGCAUCUCAACUGGGUGCUCGGGCCUCACUCGAGUUGAGCCUCCGCAGCUGGCUGAGGCUGGCGAGCCGGAGUUUGAGCAGCAUUUCCUCCUGCGUUUGCAGUGUGUGUGCCAGAACACGUAGGGAUUCGCUCUGCAGCACUAAGACGGGGGGAUUAUCAGACCACAUGCAACCCCACAACACCCGACCCUCCCAGCCCUUCACUGCCUCGGUCUCUCCAUUCCACUGGCUUCCUGCGCCCUCCUCACCACUCAGGUAGACGGCCAGGACAGCCAACGCCAGGCAGGUGAGCACGAGCAGUGCAAGCAGCAGCAGGAAGCUGCCGCGGCUGUGCACGGGGCUGCAGCCGGUCUGGGUACACAUCGGUGGACGCAGGAUGCCCAGCAGCUCAUCCCAUGGCUGCGCCUCCUCGGCCAGGUAGGGCCACAGUGAACCUGCAGGGCAAACGGGGGAUCAGGAGGGCGGCAGGUGCGCCUGCUUUCCUCCCUUCUCCCAGUCCAUGGGCCCCACCCCCCUGCACCCUUUCACCUCCACUGUGUAGAUCGCUGAUGGACUCCACCCGGUGUAGGCGAACCUCCUGCACAUGAUUAGGAGCCAGUGGUGCCCUGCUCCUUGUCGGUGCCACGGUGUCUGCAGGGGCAGCGUGGGGCUGAUUCAGCCAGCAGGUCAUGCCCUCCCUUCUAGAUGGCGUCGAGCAGCAGCAGGGGCUCAGAAGAGGUAGCAGGGGCAUUUGGCUCCUGAUCCCCUAAAACCAACUCAGGAGUGACCCGUGAUUUGGAAGCAAGACAAUGUGAAAACUGCGUACACCUGUUUCACCCACAGUAGCAGAAGGUGCUGCUUGACUUACAUUUGUUUCCUUCCAAGUACCUCAGGGACUUUCAGGCAUUCCUCUCUGCUUGCUCGUUUCUAGAGAAUUUAUCAGUCUUGGAGAACUCGACCCACAGCCCAUGAAGUUCAUUCCUGCUUCUGCUAUCAGUUUUCCCUGCAGACCCUGUGCCUGGGGCCUUCUCCCGGUCCCCAGCAGAAGCAGCCCUAUUCUAGCCAGCUUUUUGCCUUUUGCUCCUGGCCUCAGCUCUGCCUCCUUUUACAUACUAAGUGUGAUUCUGCUGUGAACCCUGCUGUUCUCACUCAACAUCAUGAGCGGAGACCCGUCUUUGUUAGCAAACUGUUCCACUUGCCUUUGAGGUCUCCCCUCAGGUAUCUCUUCGAGGCUGCCUGGGCAUUUAGGUUGUUUCCAAUCCCCUUCCUAAAUUAAUAACCCCUGGAAAAGGACACGCGUCAUGGAGUAUAAAGGCUUUCCCCCAAUUUCCCAAUAGUUAUUAAGGAUGGAUUCCCAGAAGCAGAAUUACUGGGUCAAACAGCAGGGACUUUUUCUUUUAACUUAUCAUCACAUUGUCCUCUGGAGUAGUUGUCCACAGCCUCCAAAAGAGUACAAUAUCGCCACCAACAGGCAUCUCCAUAGAAAAAAAUUUAUGUACAUAAGUGUGCACAUAUAUACUUGCUAAGUUGGGAGAUGAGAAAAGGCCUUUCUUGACCAAUUUUGUUGGGGGUCUUUGCUUGGGGAGCCUCACCAAUAUCUGUGUGGCUUCCUAGUUCACAGCCUCUGCCCAUUUAGUCACUGGGGCUGUGUACCAUUCUUGUGAUUUUAAUUACUUAUUUUUGGACCCAGUGAAGUAUUUAUUUUGUGAUUUCUAAAAAUUAUAUUUUCUUCUGGUGGUGCUUUCCACCCCUGCCCUUAAAAUCUUGGCCCCUUUGGGACUUCCCUGGUGGUCCAGUGGCUAAGACUCUGCACUUCCAAUGCAGGGGGCCCGGGUUCGAUCCCUGGUCAGGGAACUAUAUCCCGCAUGCCGCAACUAAGACCCGAUGCAGCCAAAUUAAAAAAAAAAAAAAUCUUGGCCCCUUAAGAUCUCCAGAUGCCUAGCUGGAAGCUAGAUAACAAAUUCAGGGGCAUUGGCGGGAUACCUCCUGGUAGACUCAAGGGUGAUUGGGCUCUCUGGGUCUAACACUUUCAGAAUAGUACCUUAACCUUCAUGAUUUGCUUGAAACUGACCUUUGACAUGCUCAAAAAUGUGUAAAACAAAAACCAGUGCUGUCUGUCGUUAUGUCUGGGUGGUGGUGGAUUGGGGUUCGCAUUAAAUUCUCUGCACUUGGCUGUGUUUUUCCCCACUUUUAAAUUGAUCUUGAGUUCUUUCUGUUCCAGGAAGAACACAUAGUAAGUGCCAUCCUUAAAACCUCAAAAAGGGACUUCCCUGGUGGCUUAGUGGUUAAGAAUCCGCUUGCCAAUGCAGGGGACACGAGUUCAAGCCCUAGUCCGGGAAGAUCCCACAUGCCGCGGAGCAGCUAAGCCCAUGCGCCACAACUACUGAGCCUGCGCUCUAAAGCCUGUGAGCCACAACUACUGAAGCCCGGGCGCUUACAGCCCGUGCUCCGCAACAAGAGAAGCCACCGCAAUGAGAAGCCCGUGCUCCGCAACGAAGAGUAGCCCCCACUCGCCGCAACUAGAGAAAGCCCACGCACAGCAACGAAGAGCCAACGCAGCCAAAAAUAAAUAAAUAAAUAUUCAAAAAAAAAAGCCCUCAAAAGGAAGCAAACACUCCCACACCCAGGGCCAGGCCCCUCCCAUUCAGUAUAAAAUGUCAAAAAUGUGAUGGGGGGAGUUGACCAGUUGGGCCAAGCUGGAGCCUUGGUGCAGCUGGUCCUGCAUCCUGGCCAGCACUGUACCUAAAGCUUACCAGGUCCCUGCUCUGGCGCCUCUGAGCCUCCAUACAUCUUGCAUGCUGUGAGUCAAUUAGGAAAGUGGCCACCAAAGUCUUUAACUAGAAGUCAGUCCGGCCAGGCCAAGAGACCCCAACCUUUAGCCAGUUGGGGCCACACAGGCCCACAAUGGAGGCAAGAAACCUAUCCAAUCCCAGUCCCUGGGUCAUGUGCCCAAAUGCUUUGCAAAACCACUGCCUGCCCCCAGUCCCAGUGCCCUCCCUGAAGGAAGAGCUUAACUGGCCAGCCUGCCCAGCCCAUACCCACUUGGGCACAGCCUGUAGUUGACCCUCCCCUGCCCCUAACCCCUCCCUGGUGUCCUUAGCAGGGGGUACAGGUAUGAGGUGAGGAGGCAUUCGGGGCAUGGUAGGCCCUUCCUUCACACAUAGGGGGCCAGUACUUUUACUUGACCUAGGACACGGUGACUGAUGACUACUCAAGUGAGGUCAGUAAGAAAGGGGCCAGGUUUCUCCAUGGUCCACAGGGUCACAGCAUUGGGGCCUUACCCUCCCUCACAGUCAUUUCCUACCUUCUUGGGCCUCCUCCGGCAUGGUGGGUGUUGGGCAGGCAGGGGGUCGAUGAGAGUGCCUAGUACCAGGACCAGAUAGACGCAGCAGUGGCUCCUCUGAGAGCCUGGGGAAGGCCUGGCUGCCUCCCAACCUGGGCUGAAAAUAGGCGUGAGCUCAGCACACUGGGCUAUAUUUAGAGGGGGCACCUCCCAGCCAUGGGAAGGAGCAGAGUGACCCACAUGGACCAGCCUAGACGAUCUACCUGGUGAUGGAGCCCAGGCAACAGCACACCUCCAGUAGUGCGGUACCCUGGGAACCCUGCUACUCAUGUUUGCAGGGCCUUGGUGUCUUCAUCCAGACAAGCCUCCUCAGGCUCACCUCCAGUGAUGUCCCACAUGGCAAGCCCAUGCAAGGGAGCCCUGUGCAUCUCCACCCCUCCACCCCCUGAAGACUCCUACCCACAGCGGGUUCAUCUAGCAAAUGUGGGACAAGCACCCACCACUGAUCUGCUGGCAUCACGAAUUAGGAGUGAUGGACAACUGGAGCCCAGUGCCCUGAGGGCUCUGAGAGUCCCCAAAGGGGACAGAGACACCCCCAAUACCUGCAGGUACCCAUGCUGGUACCUGAAGGAACAUAGGUUGAAGGUUGAUACUUCUGUUACUAAGUUUACAACUUUGGGUAAAGGAAUGCUCCCUUUCAGACCUGUUUUCUCAUCUGUAAAGCAGGAAUAACAAUGGUUCCUACCUGGCACAGUGCACAUGAGAAUGAAAAUAUAAGCACGUGUCUGAAGCACUUAGGCCAAUGCAAAGUUUUGAUCCUCCUUCCUCUCUCCAUAAGGGAGUACAGGUCACACAAGUUCAUGUGAGGAUGCAUGGCACCACCUGCCCUUAGAGAGGGAGUGGUCCAGCUUAGGACCCACCCUCUGCUGUUGAACCCCUGUGCCCCUCCUUCCCAAAUGGGCCAAAGCAAGACAUUAGGCUCUACUUAAACAUCUGAAAUCCAUCACUCUGCUGUAUCCUUCUUGAUAUUCCUCAAACUCAAGCUUGUUCCCACCUCAGGGCCUUUGCACUGGCUGUUCCCACCUGGAAUGUUCUUCACUAGAUGUUCCCAUGGCUGACUCCUUUUCAUUUAGCUCAAAUGUCACCCCCUCGGUGAGGCCUUCUGCUCACAUUCUUUUCUACAUCACCCAAUUUUAUUUUUUUCAUAGCAUUUAGCCCAGAAAUUAUAUCAUCCAGAAUAUACAGUUGACCCUUGAAUAACUAUAGGGGUUAGGGAUCCCAACCCUCUGUGCAAUGGAAAAUCCACAUACAACUUUACAGUUCACCCACCCUCUGUAACCAUGGUUCCGUAUCUGCAGAUUCAACAAACCAGGGAUCCAGUAGUACUAUUUAUUAAAAAAAAUCACAUGUAAGUGGAUCCUGUACAGCUCAAGCUGGUAUUGUUCAAGGGUUAAGUGUACUAUGCAUGUCAGUAUCCCCAAAGGCCCUACAGAAUCCACUCAGUCACAUGGAAACCACCUUUAAUCCUCACCACAGCAUCCUUAAAAUAAAUAGGUUUUGAGACUUCCAGGAGGUGUCCAAGGCCAUACAGCAAGAACUAGUGAGACAGGGUGGGACCUGGCACCCUUUGGUGCAGUGCUUACACCUGGACAAACAUCUCCUGAGCAAAAGAAUACAAAGAAACCAUAAGGGACUAAAAAUAACUAUGCACCUGCAAAUGGGGCAAAUUAUGAACAAUAUACAAAAAGACCAAAAACCCAACUGCCACUUCUGAACUGCUGGGAGCAAAAGGAGUGCUCUACUCACGAUUCCUGCCCACGACACCACCAAGAGGGUGGGCAGACCACCUAAGCCACCCCUACCGCCUGAACCAUGGAUCUGACCCUACCCUCACCCCAUUUAAAGGACCAACUCACCCCCCAGCCCCGCUUCAGGGAGCAAGCAAGGCAACCUGUUCUUUUUGCUCCCGUGUGCUGCGGCAUGAGUCCCAAUAAAGCCUUGCCUGAAUUUCU